UUUUUUACCCCAAAAAAUAAAAUUCAGAAGAUUUAGAAGAAAAGAAUUAGAUAAAAAUAUUUUAGAUAAAUAUAGAAAUAUUUAUGGUUCUGUUUUUAUAGCUGCACAGAAUUUGCUUCUUAUACAAGAAAAGAGAAAAUUUGAAUUUGAUAGAUGUUGUAAUAAACUUUGUCCUGUCUAUAGAAAAUUCUUAGUUUGGAAGAACAUUCUUUUUGAUAAUAUAAAAAUUUUAAAAUUUAUUUUAUUAAAUGUUAUUUGA